CGGAGCGCGCCGGCCGGCGUGCGAUGGCGGGUGGGGGGCGAGCUAUAAGAGGCAGCGCAGCGCGCGCCGCGCUAGUGCUACGACCCGACGCCACGCAGCCAACAUGGGCAAAGCCACAGGUGCUAAGGCGAUUAUCGGACUUCACGAGGUGACGGACACGCGGACCAUCUGGCGGCAACUGGCUGCCGAAUUCGUGGGAACUUUCUUCCUGGUGCUCCUGGGUUGCGGCUCGACGACAGCGAAGUGGACGGACGGCUACGCGCCCACCACGGUGCAGAUCGCGCUCACGUUCGGCCUGGCAGUCGCCACGAUCGCACAGGCGCUGGGCCAUGUGAGCGGCGGCCACGUAAACCCUGCCGUGACGAUUGGUCUGCUGGCCAGUGGAAACAUCUCCAUCCUCAGGGCGCUCUUCUACAUCGUCGUCCAAUGCAUCGGCGCUGUUGCUGGCUCAGCCGUACUACAGGUUCUGACGCCGAAGGCGACGGCGGCGGCGCUGGGGAUGACGAUGGUGAACCCGUACCUGUCGCUGGCGCAGGCGGUGUUCGUGGAGGCGCUGAUCACGUUCGUGCUGGUGCUGACCGUGCACGGCGUGUGCGACGCGGCGCGCAGCGAUGUCAAGGGCUCUGCGCCGCUCGCCAUCGGGCUCUCCAUCUCGACGUGCCACUUGUUCGCCAUCCAGUACACCGGCGCCAGCAUGAACCCAGCGCGGACGUUCGGCCCGGCAGUCAUCACCAGCUACUGGGACAACCAUUGGGUUUACUGGGCUGGACCUCUUGGAGGAGGCAUCGUGGCUGGAGUCAUUUACAGGUUCCUGUUCCAGGCUCGGAAACCUGAAGACGAAGCCAGCUCCUAUGACUUCUGAACGCAUCAUUUCUCUUGCCGCAGGCAGGGACACAUCUUCGCGGAGUGGCUGAGAACGGAUCAGAGACAAUAUAUCGUGAAAAUUUAGUGUAUACCGUAGUGAUAUUGAACUGUCCAGCCAAACGUCUCCUGCGCUGACUUAUUUUGUGGCGUUUCCUGAAGAGUACAAUGGGAUUAUUAUACUUAUUUAUUUGUAAGUGGACUAUGCUUGGCACACCUUGUAGUUAUUCCUAUCUAACGUAUAGGUUUCUUUCUCUGCAAGGCAACUGUAGUCAAACAGGGAAUUUUGAAGUGUCUGUGUGGUCUUUGGGACUGAAAACAGUUACGUCAUGAAGAUGAAGGUUCUGUCAUGUUACUACAUGGCUUGAGAUCUUCUAUACACCCUGACACUUCUCAUAUUUCGGCAACAGAUCACUUUCGGCUCGAAAGUGUGACGGGUUUCACUGUUGUCUAAAUUGUUUUGAAUAGAAUCUCGUUCACUGAUUCUGCGUUCAAUAACACUAUGUUUAAUUUUCUCUUGCUACUUGCUUCAGUUGUACAGAAUAAAGUUUUACUAUAUUAAAACUUUUA